GGCCGGCCUAUUUUUUCUACCUGCGCCUUUUUUACUUGGACUCUUCCUCUUUUCCAUCCUCUCAUCUCUCCCGGCCUCUCCGCCACUCUGUUCAUUCUUCCUCCUGCACCGUCUCGUCCUUGCAUCAUCCCGCUGUUCAUCAUGGCCUCUGUCACCCGUCUCAGCAACGCUGCCCUGCGGGCUUCCCUCCGCACCUCCGUUAACGGCUCCGCCUUCAACGCCGUCCGAUGCUACUCGGCUAAGACCCAGACCCUCAAGGAGCGAUUCGCCGAGCUGCUGCCCGAGAAGAUCGAGCAGGUCAAGGCCCUCCGCAAGGAGCAUGGCUCCAAGGUCAUCGACACCGUCACCCUCGACCAGGUCUAUGGCGGUGCCCGUGGCAUCAAGUCCCUUGUCUGGGAGGGUUCCGUCCUCGAUGCUGAGGAGGGUAUCCGAUUCCGUGGCAAGACCAUCCCCGAGUGCCAGGAGCUUCUCCCCAAGGCCCCCGGUGGCAAGGAGCCUCUCCCCGAGGGUCUUUUCUGGCUUCUCCUGACCGGCGAGGUCCCUACCGAGCAGCAGGUCCGUGACCUCUCUGCCGAGUGGGCUGCCCGAUCCGAUCUCCCCAAGUUCGUCGAGGAGCUCAUCGACCACUGCCCGACCGACCUCCACCCCAUGGCUCAAUUCUCCCUGGCCGUGACUGCUCUCGAGCACACCUCCAGCUUCGCCAAGGCCUACGCCAAGGGCAUCAACAAGAAGGAGUACUGGGGCUACACCUUUGAGGAUUCCAUGGACCUCAUUGCCAAGCUCCCCAACAUUGCCUCGCGCAUCUACCAGAACGUCUUCAAGGGCGGCAAGGUUGCCCCCAUCCAGAAGGACAAGGAUUACUCCUUCAACUUCGCCAACCAGCUCGGAUUCGGCGAGAACAAGGACUUUGUUGAGCUCAUGCGUCUGUACCUGACCAUCCACACCGACCACGAGGGUGGUAACGUCAGCGCCCACACCACCCACCUGGUCGGCAGCGCCCUCAGCUCCCCCUUCCUGUCUCUCGCCGCCGGUCUCAACGGUCUGGCCGGUCCCCUGCACGGCCUGGCCAACCAGGAGGUGCUCAACUGGCUCACUGAGAUGAAGAAGGUUGUUGGCGAUGACCUCAGCGACAAGGCCAUUACCGAUUACCUCUGGUCUACCCUGAACGCUGGACGUGUCGUCCCCGGUUACGGCCACGCUGUUCUCCGCAAGACUGACCCCCGUUACACCGCUCAGCGCACUUUCGCCCAAGCCAACAUGCCCGACGACCCCAUGUUCAAGCUCGUCAGCCAGGUCUACAAGAUCGCCCCCGGUGUCCUGACUGAGCACGGCAAGACCAAGAACCCCUACCCCAACGUCGACGCCCACUCUGGUGUCCUUCUCCAGUACUAUGGCUUGAACGAGGCCAGCUACUACACCGUCCUCUUCGGUGUUUCGCGAGCCAUUGGUGUCCUCCCCCAGCUGAUCAUCGACCGUGCUUACGGCGCCCCCAUCGAGCGCCCCAAGUCCUUCUCCACCGAGAAGUGGAUCGAGAUCACCAACAAGCUGUAAAUGGGAUUACGAAGCAGUGGAUGAAUAAGAAUGGAAACGGACAGACGACGGAACGAGGACAACGAGUUGUUCACUACGAGGAGGGACGCCAGGCGGAUGGGAAGCAAGGAUUUGCCAACACCAAUGGCGCUUGUACAAUACAACGGGACUGUUUUCGUUUGGUAAUGAGCCACACAGGUCGUCGCGAAGCGGGCCUGAAUGAUUUUUUACAAUUAA